AUGGCCUCCAAUUCUUACUCUUCCACCUUCGACGAAUGCAACUGGGUCAUUCAAAUUCGUCGGACCCUCGAAGAAGAACUCGAUGACGACGAUGGGAUUCCCGUGUCGAUCUUCAAGGUCCCUAAAUCUCUAAUGGCAUCCGAUCCAGAUUCCUACACGCCGCAAUUGGUUGCGUUGGGUCCUUACCAUUGUUGGUGCCCAGAGCUCCAUGAGAUGGAGAGAAUCAAGCUCUCCGCUGCAAAAAGGGCUAAGAAAUUCAGCCCGAGAGAUCUCCGAUUUGAUGAUAUCGUUGAACAAUUGGCGAAGCUCGAGCAUAAGAUUCGAGCGUAUUACCACGGUUACUUGGAUCUUAAUAGCGAAACUUUAGCCUGGAUGAUGGCCAUUGACGCCUGUUUCUUGCUCGAGUUUCUCAAUGUCUACGCCCAACAAUUGAAGAUUCUCCGGCGAGUUUCUUCGAGAAUGUCGCAUUUGAUGGAUUACGCUGGGACGAAGCCAGCGCACAACGCCGUUCUCAGAGAUAUAAUCAUGCUCGAAAAUCAGAUUCCAUUGUUCGUAUUGAGGAAGAUGAUGGAAUUCCAAUUCGAAUCCACUGAACAAUCCGACGAGACUUUGCUCUCCAUGUUGAUCGGAUUGUUCGCAGAGCUUUCUCCAUUCAACACCACGGAUGAAAUUCCAGAGAUUCAAAUUUCAGAUUGCGCUCAUUUGCUGGACUUUUUAUACCAAAUGAUCACUCCCAAAUUGAAAGAACCAUCAGAAAUUACCGAAAACCCUAACGAGAUCGAACAAUCUCCUCAAAUUUUGAGUUACAGACAACAAGUCGCACACAGAUCCAAGCAAUGUCUCUUGCGAUCAAUCGAAAACCUAAUUCGUUUCACAAAGCGAGCGAUGCAAUCUCAACAUGUGAAAACGAUAGCGCGGCUGCCAUGGGCGAUCCUCUCCUCGAUCCCUCCAUUCGCGAUCUUAAAACAGCCUGCUGAGAUUCUAUUCUUCAGAGAGCAAGAAACAGAACCUCAAAACCCUGAUUCAAAUCCGAACGCAAACAGACCGCCAUUAACGGAGGAAAUAACAAUCCCUUCCGUUUCAGAGCUCUUCAAAGCCGGAAUCCGCUUCUCACCUUCCCAUGGCGGAAUCUCAACGAUUACCUUCGACAGAAAUACCGGAACACUCUACCUUCCAACGGUGAGGCUAGACGUGAACACACAAGCAACGCUGAGAAACUUAGUAGCAUACGAAGCGUCGAGCGGAUUAGGGCCGCUGGUUUUAACAAGAUACACGGAAUUGAUGAACGGAAUCGUGGAUUCCGACGAAGACGUGAGAUUGCUGAGAGAAGGAGGAGUGAUUCUGAAUCAUCUGAAGAGCGACGAAGAGGGCGCUGCGAUGUGGAAUGGAAUGAGCAAAUCGAUGAGAUUGAGCAGAGUUUUGGAGUUGGACAAGGUGAUCGAAGAGGUGAAUGAGUACUACGAUGGAUUGUGGAGAGUGAAAAUGGGAAGAUUUGUGGAGGCAUAUAUUUACAGUUCUUGGCCUUUGCUUGGUCUAAUGGCGGUCGCUUGGGUUCUGUUCCUGAUCGCCCUGCAAGCUUUUUGUUCUCUGUUUGGUUGCUUUCGCGCCCUUCGGGGCCCUUGAAUAA